AUGGCUUCCAGGACCAGACCUCCGCUUGCUGAAUUUGAAUGGGCGCCAAAUGGACUCAAUAAGUUCACAAUUGCUCUCCGGGAAAAUGGACAAUUCAUGCCACUGGCACCUAACACUGAGAUGUUUACUUCACUGGCAGUAGCCGUGAAUAUUGGCAUAGAAAUGUUGGAAACGGCGUCUGGUAGACACACUCUCCUGAAAUUGGGUCGUCGAAUUGUUGAAGCCAGAGCAUCUAACAAACCUCCAAUCCCAUUCUACGGAGACAUCACAAUGAUGGAUACCUAUGUUGACCACUUCCUUGACCGAGUUCGGUCAGACCUCCCCAGAUUUAUCGUGGAGGAUAGACCGUCCUUGGACCAGUUGGCUGACACCAGCAAAGGUCACUGGGAGGGUGAUUUCAGUAGCUUCAAACCCAAGCAAGCUGGUUCGAUCACUUUCAACUUGGCACGAGUGAAAUCCAUGGUUCGAUCCCACGGGAAGUAUGAGGCGUUGAGAUCCGGGUCAUCUGCUCAAUGGCGCCCCUACCUAGACAGAUGGCAAGGGUUCUUAUUCAUGUUUGCCUGUGCCACUGCCCAUGAGUUGGCCCAUUUGUUUGUCUGCUACCUGAGUCUGGGAAAGGAUGUCCAUACUCCCCGGCGUGUUGUCCACUUGGACUACCAUCAAGCUGUUAUGGUGCAGGGGCAGAGGGUCAUUGUCGGAGAGAGUGGCCGCUGGCUGGAAGCAGCAUUAUAUGGAGGUUCCCUGGAGUAUUUUCGAGAUGUGAAGCAGGGCCCCGAUCAGACCGGAAUCGCGUACAUCUUGGACGCAAACGUUGUUGCGUAUGAGAUACCACUAACCACCAUCAAGUGCUUCGUUGAGAACCCACGCCGCUAUGUUUUCCCAUUGGAAGUAUCACGACCCGGAUUGACGGAAGACCAGGUCAAGCGAUCGGGUCUGCGAAGCAUGGGAAGCACCGGAUCUGCAAGGCAAUUGCCAGCUGCAUCGAAUACCAUGUCUGCAGGUAUGAGAGGAAUGAGGUCAUUUGAGACAUACUCUAUUGGAAUUGAACGUCUGCGGCAACGCACGAGCAAUCCAUCUUUGACGCUGGCUAUCAAAGUGUGCUGA